AUGGCGGCUGAAGAGGCGGAUGUAGAUAUCGAAGGGGACGUGGUGCCCGCGGCGGCACAGUCUGGAAGUGAUGAAAAUUCAGUAUCUGUUUUACAAGAUCACUAUCUUGAUUCAUCAUGGAAAACUGAAAAUGGCCUCAUUCCUUGGACUUUGGAUAGCACCAUCAGUGAAGAGAACAGAGCUGUCAUUGAGAAAAUGUUGUUGGAAGAAGAGUAUUAUUUAUCUAAAAAGUCACUUCCAGAAAAAUUCUGGCUUGAUCAAAGGGAAAAUGAUAAAAAAUAUAUGAAAAGUCUACAGAAAACAGCAAAAAUCAUGGUACACUCUCCUACAAAACCAGCCAGUUACUCAGUAAAGUGGACGAUAGAAGAAAAAGAGCUGUUUGAACAAGGGCUGGCUAAAUUUGGCCGAAGGUGGACCAAAAUUGCAAAACUAAUUGGAAGUCGCACUGUUCUACAAGUGAAGAGUUAUGCCAGACAGUACUUCAAAAAUAAGGUAAAAUUAGAUGGUCCAGAGAAAGAAACACCAAGUCAGAAGAGCAGCAGUGAUCUUCACGUUAAAAAUGAAGUUGUGGGGACAAAGUCAUGGACACCAUCAAGUUUAAGGGGACAUGCUGAUCCCAACCUGAAUGCUAUAAAAAUUGAGAAGUUAUCUGAUGAUGAAGAAGUAGACAUCACAGAUGAGACAGAUGAGUUGACCUCUCAAGUACCCCAGAAGAAUCCUAGUAGUGAUCUUUUAAAAGGAAUUUCUAAUAAUAAAAUGCACAGGACCAGUGAAGGAGAAUUCAUUGCUUGUGACAACUGGAAACAUCCCAUCCCUAAAUCUUCCAAGGAAUACCUUCAGAAUGUACAGCAUAGUGAAAUGGAAACCCUUUCAAGUUCAGGAAUUACAUUUUGUGUUGAAAAACAGGUUCCCACUGACAAAAAGUCAAUUGAGUUAAAUAAUCAGACAUCUGAUAUACUGGUAGAAAACUGUGACAAGCAAGAUGGAAAUGAUGCCAGCCAGUUGCCUUCUCCAGAGCUUUGUGAAGUUCAGAAAGACUUGAGUGAUAAUGAAAUGUUUUCUCAUUCAUCCUGCCAAGUGGAAGAAGAGAACCAUGAGGAAGAAGAACUUAAGCCACCAGAACAAGAAAUAGAAAUAGAUAGAAAUAUCAUUCAAGAAGAAGAAAAACAAGCAAUUCCUGAGUUUUUUGAGGGUCGCCAAGCUAAAACACCUGAACGAUAUUUGAAAAUUAGAAACUACAUUUUGGAUCAGUGGGAGCUAUGCAAACCGAAAUACUUAAAUAAGACCUCAGUACGUCCUGGCCUGAAGAACUGUGGUGAUGUUAAUUGUAUUGGACGGAUUCAUACAUACCUCGAGUUGAUAGGAGCAAUCAAUUUUGGAUGUGAACAGGCCAUCUAUAACAGGCCACAACCAGUUGAUAAAGUACGAAUCAGAGACAGAAAAGAUACAGUAGAAGCUUACCAACUUGCCCAGCGCCUACAAUCUGUGCGCACAAGAAGACGUAGAGUCAGAGACCCAUGGGGAAAUUGGUGUGAUGCAAAAGACUUAGAAGGACAAACAUUUGAGCAUCUCUCUGCUGAGGAGCUGGCAAGAAGAGGAGAAGAGGAAAAAUGCAAACCUGUUAAAUCUUCAAAAGUGCCAAGAUCAACAAAAAGCUCAUUUGAUCCCUUCCAGCUGAUACCUUGUAAUUUUUUCAGUGAAGAAAAGCAGGAACCAUUUCAGGUGAAAGUAGCUUCAGAAGCACUUUUAAUAAUGGAUUUGCAUGCUCAUGUUUCUAUGGCAGAAGUGAUUGGUCUGUUAGGAGGAAGAUACUCAGAAGUUGAUAAAAUAGUUGAAGUUUUUGCUGCAGAACCAUGUAACAGUCUGAGUACAGGACUACAGUGUGAGAUGGAUCCUGUCUCACAAACACAGGCCUCGGAAACCUUGGCUAUAAGAGGCUAUAGUGUCAUUGGAUGGUAUCAUUCUCAUCCUGCCUUUGAUCCUAAUCCUUCCUUACGAGAUAUUGACACUCAAGCCAAAUACCAGAGUUACUUCUCCAGAGGUGGUGCAAAGUUCAUUGGAAUGAUUAUUAGUCCUUAUAAUCGCAACAAUCCUUUACCUUAUUCCCAGAUAACCUGCCUGGUUAUAAGUGAUGAAAUUAGCCCAGAUGGCUCUUAUCGUUUACCUUACAAGUUUGAAGUACAACAGAUGUUAGAAGAACCUCAGUGGGGAUUAGUGUUUGAAAAGACAAGAUGGAUAAUAGAAAAAUACAGACUCUCCCUUAGUAGUGUCCCCAUGGAUAAAAUCUUUCGCCGGGAUUCUGACCUGACUUGUUUGCAGAAACUUUUGGAAUGUCUAAGGAAAACUCUGAGCAAAGUGGCCAAUUGCUUCAUUGCUGAAGAAUUCUUGACACAAAUAGAAAAUUUGUUUCUUUCCAAUUAUAAAAGCAAGCAAGAGAAUGGAGUGGCUGAAGAGAACUUUACUGUGGGUGGAAAGCAGUAAUUAAUGUAAUUCUUUUAAAGUAAGACAUUUUAAUCUUUACCUGAUAGAUCCUACUUUCAAGUUACAGCUUUGACAUUAUUGUAAUUUAGUUAACAGUGACACGGCUUUAAUCAUUUUUCUCCACUUAACGGAAUUUAGACUUUGCCACAUAAUUGGCAAUAUGAACUUGUUUGCAGAGUGAAGGUCAGCGUUGUGUAAACUAGGGGAUUACUCUGCUGCAGCCCUGCUGGGGCCAGUGAUCGCCACUGUAGCUCUGAAGGGCAGUCUGCCUUGCUGUGUGUUCAGGCUGGUAGUGGAAUCUGCCUCUAAUUUUAUUUCCCCCUGAUUUUUGUUAUCUUACGUCUCAUUAGGAAACCUUGCAUUCAUUCUUUCUGUUUUGGUGAGAUUGCUUUAUGGUUACAAAUCAGAUAUGAAUGGUAGUCAAGAAACAUCAUUAAUAGCUGACAUAGCUGAGAGGUUUAAUCAACAACCUAGAGAGUAGGAGGAGGUGUGACAUGAAAAUCUGAAAAAUAGAGAAGAACCCCAGAGAAUCACAUUACCAGUUAUAAAUGAUAGAUAUUUGCUUCCAUUUUAUUUGAUAAUGUACUAUUGGAUAAGCCAUUUUAUUAGUUGUCUGAAACAUUUCAUGUGGAUUUCAGAUACAGUAAUUAGUGUCUUCUAUAUGUCCUCUCCAUUAAUGUGUGUGAUAAAACCUCAUUUAGCUGGAUAAUGGGUACUCAUAACCCUCAAGUAGAUUCCCCCCCCCACCAACCCAUUGCCUACUAUCAGAAAAAGACAAAUUGCAAUAAUGUUUACUAAAUCAGAUAUUUAAUUUUAAUUAAAAAAUAAAAAUUUAAAGACAUAGUAUCAAUAUUUAGCCCUGUUCAUUUACUUUAUGAAUCUAGAACAGAGGUCAGCAAACUUUUUUGUGAAGGGCCACUAGUAACGGACAUGGUUGGCCACAUAUAGUUUCUGUCACUAUCAGACAGUAUUCUCUAUAUUUUAUACAACCCUUUUAACAAUGUUUAACCCUUUCUGAGUUCAUAAAACUCACAGGAAACAAGUUGUGAGAAUACAAACAUUUACAAUUUAUCAUGUGCUGCAUGAGCAUCAUACACUGAAAUUUCUUGCAUCAUCUUCAAAUAAUUAGAAAACUCAAAGUUUGAUUUACAUUUAAGUUCAUUUUCAAAUAAGUAAUCAUGUGUCCUGGUAUAUUCUUUUAGAUUUUAAUUUACUUCUAUUAACCAUAGAAUUGGUGUAUAGCCAUUCUCCAUCCUUAUUCAUAACAGUUGUAUUACCUCUAAAUUAAAUAUCGUUCUAUAUUCAUAUUUUCUUUUUCUGGUUGUAAUCAGCAUCCAAAGAAGAGUAAGCAAUAUUAAAAGGAGCAAUGAACCUAUGUUAAGUGGCCUAAAUUUUGUCCAGUCUUGUGAUGUAGGAGUUAAUUUCUCUGGGUCCAAGUUCUCAUAUAAUUAAGAUCUAAAUGAUCUUCCUAGUAUCCUUUUAUGUCUCAAGUUGUAUGGUUCACUCUAAUUGUUGAUUGGAUUAUUCACUUAGGACUUUAUAUUUUGAGAGAGUACUGUUCCCAAAUUAAUAAUUUUUUUGAAGAAAGCUAGUAGUAUUUCUCAUGUCUCCAUAUGCAUUUAAGACAACCUGUGGAACAUAGGUCACAAAACAGUUACUUUGGAGACCAAGGUAUAAGAGCUGUAGACUAAAAAUCAGGAAACCUGGAGUCUUACUAAUUCUGUUACCAACUUUGCUUUGUGUUAGUGAUAAAAAUCACCUGAUCUGACUAGGUCACGGUAUAAAUCCAGGGGCAAAAUUCCAUUACUGAGUAUUCCCUUCUAAGCACAGAAAGUUUGAUUAUAUAGAAUGCAGUAAUCAUUGCUUUAUGCUUUUCUUCUCUCUGAUAUAUUUUCUGCAUUUUACAUCAGGAACAGAUCCUGUAAAGUGGUAUUAAUUGACUUUCUUGAUGAAUUUAGGUGAUGGAAAUAGUAGAAAGUGUUCAAAGUUCUGUUCUCAUACCUGGGUUUCUCUACAUUAUAGUAGUUAACCAUACUUAAGAGGAACUCAAAGAUAGUAAUCUUCAGAGCUUAGAACUUUGAAAGCACAACUUUGAAAAUAGUAAUAUACUAUUUUUUCUGAAGACAAACUAUAUUUCUUAUAAAACAAAUUUUAAAAAACAAGUAUAAAUCAAAUAUUAUAAUCCUACUACCUUGUAAACCCUAAGUUAACAUUUUAGUAUGUAAAUAGCCAUUUUUAACUGUAAUUUUAAAACAUUAAAAUCUUUCAUCUUAAUCUGCCCUCCCUACUCAUUAUAUUCUCCAUACUUCCUUUUUUCUUUUAUCAUGUUCUUAAAAUAUUUUUAUUUUGGCAGUGAGGUGUCAACAUUCCUGUCACUACCAGCCUUGGGCUACUGAAGGUAGUUGGAGCCAAGGCUUUAAAGAAGCACAGAGAAAGCCUAGAGCCAAGUAGCAGUGUAAUACAGGAAGUUUAGGAGACAGGAUCUCAGUAGGAACCUCACUUACAAUUGUGUUUACAGGAGUAGAGAUGGAACUUGAAAACAUCCAAGCCUGUUGGAUGUGAGGAUAUCCCAAUUUUGGUUCUGAUUUCACCUACAUGCUCUUCUAAAGAUAGCUUAAGACUUACCCUAGAUUCACACAUGACAUUUGGAAAAUUCCAUGCCAAAAAAAAAAAAAAAGAGUACAUACUUUUUUAUUAUCAACUGCCCAUGAUGGUUAAUACAAAAGAAAAUUAGACUUGCAUCUCCAGUUUAUCAGAAGUAUAGUAGUUAUCUUACUAAUUAAUACAGGGUUUUGCAAUAUUUCUAGAAAGUCACCAUGGAGAAUAAUGUGUAAUGUACUUCGGCCUAUUUCUGAUACUUUCUUCUUCCCUUGGCCGAGGUGUUUCAGGUUUGUAGGUGGGGAAGGAUGGUUGGGGUCUGAUGGAAAUCUCCCUCUCUGCUUCUUCUGUUGUAUUCACUUUCCACCUGUUUCCCCUGGGUUAUCAAUCCUGCUCCUAUUGUCUGAGUUUUGUCUGGCGUUUGCUGUAGUUUCUCCCCUAUUUACUAUAUCUAGGAGAGGGUUUAUUCUCAGUGACUCUUUGCGGCCACUUGGUGACUCCACUCCUCUGAUACCUUCUUAAGUGUUUUUAUAUGUGCUGUUUCCCUAUAUUUUAAUUUAGCCUAUAAUGUUUGCUUUUGGUAUCUUUUGAAUCUGUUUUUAAGCCACCCUAAUUCCUUUCUGGAUCAAGGAGGAACAUAUUAUUCCCCCCCCCCCCAAAUCACGAAAAAGUGAAAUAUUCCAGGGAAGCUAUGAUUAUGCCAAGUGCCCUAUACCAAAUGAGGUAAAAUUCACUAGUAAUAUCGGGGUGUUUUCUUUAACUUUCUCCUUUGAUAAUAAAUAUACACAUAAGAGCAUUAAUUUUAGGGGGGAAAGCCUGAUUUGGUAUCUUUGAGAUUUUCUGGAAUGGUGUGCUAAGAAUUAAGAAGUAUGUUAAGUAGAAUUUCAUAGGCUGUUUUCCUGUUUCAUAGGUUGCCACAGAACAUUUAUUUCAACCUAUGAAUUACAAAAUAAUAGUCAGAUUCUAGCAUGACUUAGAUAGGUCAUAUAUCUUUAAACUUGUGGCUUAGACAUGUAAAUUGUUUAUUAUAUAUGUUUACUCUGAUUGAUAAACCUGAUAUUCUUUGUCUUCCCCAGAUGUU